CUCUUGAAUUAAUGUUCCUCUCUUCUUUUUAAUAAGAAUAAAAAAUAGGAAAUGAAUUUUAAUGUCUGGAAUAUCAAAGAGAUGCUCAGUAUUCCCUCAGGCUCUGGGAAUGCUAAGUCAUCUAACUGGAAUAAUAAUCAGACUGAUUACUCCAGUCUCAGUGAUUCCCAGUUCCUCUUUGGGUCCCAGUUCUGUCCAGAAAGUUCAGAGACCCUGUCAGCACCCUUGGACUUUGGUGUCCACUUGAGACAUCCAAAACAAUCACAACAGAAUUCUCUGGAUAAUGAACCUAGCAUUUUCACAAAGUACCAGACAAAACCUCAACUGUUUGGAGGAGAUAAAAAAGAUGGAGGCUUCUUUCCUCUUCCUUUGUCAGCUGGAAAGUCAAAAAGUCUCUUGGAACAGUUUGAGGAGAAAAAGAAAAGGGCAAAAGACAAACGUGACAGUGAGACUCUAUACAACUUCAUUUCUCAUACCAAAGAAAGCAUUCACAGGUUGCAGACAUCUGUGGAAAAGUCUGAGGAACAUCUCAGUUCAAGAAGCCAGUCUAUUUUGGAUUCUUUGGAGACUGUGGCCAAGAAAUUGCAAGAGACUGCGCAGGCCCAGAGUGAUCUGGUGUUGGAAACAGUGCAGGAUAAAGGCAACAUGGAGCAGGCCAUCCUUGAGAUGCAGAAGAGACUUGAAGCUAGACAAGCAGAGUUUACAGAAAUGAAGUCCAACCUAAAGCACCUUGAAGUUUUAGUUGCCCAGCAGAAUAAGGACUUCCAGCAGCUGUGUGAGCAGCUAGGCCAGAUGAAUGUGCCCAGUGUCCUAGCAGAGCUGAAGAGAUUGAUCUCUGUCCCUCAGGUACCCAGGCAUGUGAAAGACAGCACUUCCCAGACCUCACCACCUCUGGCCCAGAGACUCAAUUUCACCAGGCAGGACAAAUAUGCCUCUGAGGAACCAGUUAUGUGGCAGGCCCAGGCCCUCCCUGCUACACGGAAUCUCAAUAUGGGCUCCCUGCAGCCUGGGGAGUUUGGUGUCUGGGGUGACGGAGCAAAGAGUGAUGCUCUCCAAGAAGAGGCUGCGCUGCUGGCAGUUGGAACAGGCAAAAGAAACAGGGCAGUAAAGGACAAGGCGGUACAGACUAACUGCAAGAAUUGGGCUAUUACAAAAACAGGCUCUGAGAACCACAGCUCUGGCAUUCAGGGCCACAAGGUUCCUGGUGACAGGGAUCUCGUUUCCCAAAGAACCUCGCAGCUUAUAUCCCUGGAUUUAAACAACUUUGCAACCAGCAUUAAGAACACCUGCCAAGAAUUGCAAGCCAAAGGCGCGUUUUCGUGUGACCCUUGUGAACAAAGGUUGGUGACUGGACAGAAAGACAGAACUGUACAAAGAGGGGGGAAAGGCAAGAAGCAGCGGCCCAGGAAAGUCCACAGAGGUAGGCUCCUAGCCAGGAAGCAAGAACAAACCCCAAGCAAAACCUGUGCUUUCAAUUCUAAAUAUCCUCAGCCUCCAGUUUCUGGACCACAAAGGUUCGCCCUGGAGCAGCAGGAACCGCUUGCUCAGCCCCUGCACCUAUGGGGCCUCAGGAGCCCCACAAAGCCAGUCUGCCCUGCUCUGGGAAGAACAGUCAUGCCCAUUAAGACAGCGAGAGUAGCGCAAGGGAACCUCUUGCAGCUUAGCAGGCACUCUUCCCAAGACAACAGCCUGCUCUCUAACAGUUCCCAGGGGGACCACCAGAUGAGCUGGUUCAGUGACCUCAACCUCGGAAGUUCAGAGCCCUCUUUGUGCAAGGAGCCAGGGAAGAAUAUGCUUUAUGACUUGGGUUUUGAUAGCAGCGAUGAUGACUUCUGA